GAGUUAACUAUUGAUAAACUAUAGGUACUUCCUUGUGGUCAGCUGUAUAUAGCUGCCCCCCUUUCUCCAACAGAACAGAACCUACCAGAGACUCCUUAUACAUCAGGAGAGUAUGACCAUGACGAUGUUGACCAUAUUUCUGCUUCUCAGCGCUGCCUUUACUCUGGGUGAUGCAAGAGAUCUGAAUGACACAGAGAAUCAAAUUAUUGAGAACCUGAUACGCAACCUGCCAAUUGAGUCUGAGGAGAUGGGAGCGAAGGAGAAAGGGGGACUACAAACCAGGAGUUCAUCAUGCCCACCUGGUUGGCACAGAUAUGAGACACACUGCUAUCACUACGUCCCCAUCAUGGCCAAAUGGCCAGAGGCAGAGCAUUACUGUUUGCUAUUGGGAGGUAACCUGGCGUCAGUGCACAGCCUCUCCCAGUAUAACUUCCUUCAGUCAGUCAUCCAAAGUGGUGCCAACGGAGCCCAGCGCACUUGGAUUGGAGCCAACGAUGCCAUCAAGGUCAGAAGCACUCUGUUUAACACUCCUGAAACCUAUACAGAGGGUCUUUGGCUGUGGAGCGAUGGGUCCAGGUUUAGCUACCAGAACUGGGGCAAGGGGCAACCCGAUAACUACAUCCAUGUUGCUGGGAACGACAACACAAAUGGCCAUGAGCAUUGUAUGGAGAUGAACUUUGGAGGUGACUUCGGGCAGAAUGAUGCAGUCUGUUGGAUACAACGUCCAUUCAUGUGUUCCAGAAAGCUGUAAUAUCUACCGAUUGGGAGAGAAUUCAUGUUCUAACGUUACUCCCCUCAUGUUUAGUGUACUUUUAGAUUAUUGCUGAUUUUAAUGAGAUUCUAUUGCCUUAUCUGGAUGAUUAUUGCUGAUUAUGUAAAGUGAAUUUGGGUGUCUUGAAAAGCACUUGUAGUAAUACAUUUUAGAAAUUCUAUAUUAUCUGAGAGGCUCUCAGGUGAUGGGAUUCUUCACUAAAGUCAGUCUGUAAUAUUU